GAGCCGCUAAAGGAAGCAGCGAAUGGAAACUCGCAGUGAUUUUCACAGGACUAUCAAACGCUUGACUUACAUCUUAAAAACAUAUAUAAUAGGCUUUACUGACUCGUCUCACCAUGUUCGACGUAACUAUCUCAAUCUGUGAACUGCUGUAUCAGAAUACACCUUUACUUUCCCAUUUGCCUUAGAUUCCAGUGUCUACAAACAGAAGAAUUACAUCCAUUCACAUGUCCCCAAUGUUAAAUUAUAAUUGUUUGGCUUUAUAAUUGUAAUUGUUUGGCUUUGUCCAAAUGGGAGGAAAUGUCAAAGUCAGUUUACAGCACCUCUGCAAGUAUAUGAAUACACAAUAUAUAUUUCAGUAUUUCAAUAUGCCUUAACUACAAUACCCAGAAUACCUUGCAAGCGUAGAGAAGUCGUGUCAGACGGAGUGCAGAAGUGAAAGCAGUCAGGGUGGUCCAUUUCGGUUACGCAAGCGGGAGAAGAGUUCACCGGUAUCCACGGCCUGAACCAUGGACCAAGAAAGCAAUUCGGAGGAGGAGUCUGUAGGCCCCUCUGAGGACGACACAUUACCCAGUCUACCCCCAGGCCUCUCCGACGCCCAGGCGGUGGCGCUCCUGUGGCGGGUGCGGGCCCAGCGGCGGCGGCCUUCGCCGGACCUCCCGGAGACGGUCACCCUCCUCACCGCGCCCGACGGCAGCCUGGUCUACCUGGUGGGCACGGCGCACUUCAGCGACAGCAGCAAGCAGGACGUCUCCACGACCAUUCGGGCCGUGCAGCCGGACGUGGUGGUGGUGGAGCUCUGCCAGUACAGGGUCUCCAUGCUGAAGAUGGACGAGAGAACGCUGCUCAAAGAAGCCAAGGACAUCAACCUGGAGAAGGUGCAGCAGGCUAUUAGACAGAAUGGGGUGAUGUCAGGGCUGAUGCAGAUUCUGCUGCUGAAGGUGUCGGCUCACAUCACGGAGCAGCUGGGCAUGGCCCCCGGCGGGGAGUUCCGGGAGGCCUUCAAAGAGGCAGGCCGGGUGCCCUUCUGCAAGUUCCACCUGGGCGACCGACCAAUCACGGUCACCUUCAAACGAGCCAUCGCCGCGCUCAGCCUGUGGCAGAAGGCGAGGCUGGCCUGGGGUCUCUGCUUCCUGUCCGACCCGAUCAGUAAGGAGGACGUGGAGAAGUGCAAGCAGAAGGACCUGCUGGAGCAGACCAUGUCGGAGAUGAUAGGGGAGUUCCCGGCCCUCCACCGCACCAUCGUGGCCGAGAGAGACAUCUACCUCACCCACACCCUCCGGCAGGCCGCGCGCUGUGUGGAGGCGCCCCCUAAUGGCCAGAAAGUGCCUGCAGUGGUUGUAGGAGUGGUUGGAAUGGGCCACGUCCCGGGCAUCGAAAGGAACUGGGACCAACAACUCAACAUUCACGAGAUCAUGAGUGUGGCUCCGCCCUCCCGGUUCAGCUGGCUGCUACGGACGGUGCUGAAGGGGGCGAUGCUGGGAGUGCUGGGCUACGCCUGUUACCGGGCGGGAGGGGGCAUUGGGAGGGUCCUUCUGUCCGUGCCGGCGGUCCAGUCGCUCCUGGAGAGCCUACGACCUCCCCCCGCCCCCUAACUGGAAGCUCCGCCCCCCCCCCCCGGACAGACUGCGUACAACACCCACUGGCCUUAAAACACAAGGGGCGGGGCUUGGGGGGAGGGGGCUCACCGUUCCUGGGCAAAACGAAUGGCCGAGUCCGGAGGAACGAGGGUCAGACCACGCCCUCUUCUCUUCCCUCGGGCUCCGCCCACCAAACUUUUAUUGGUCCGUGCACGGAACCUCAAAGUGUCUGUUCUGUCUGCAACGUGAAUAACACCAGGAUACUUAGAAGGUUUUUAAAAUGGCUGCCUUGACUUUGUUUAAAAUCCCCCCCCAAACGUGUUACAGUGGACUGUUCCUUGCGGAGGAGGACCGUUACUCGCCCGGAGAUCCGAAACCCCAGCUGAUCCCAGAUCAGCCAUCGCGGGCCUGGCUGAGCCGCGAGACUGAUCUGAGAUCAGCGGGGGGGGGAGGUCACAGGGGCGGAGACCGUCGGAGCGAAGCGUCUGUUCGCGGAGAAUACCGCCAGCGACGCCUCCGCAAGAUCGCGAGAAAAGUGCCCCGCCGACCGCCCUGUUAAAAACCAGCACUUUACCGGGUCGACCAGUAGCGGGUCUGCUCGCCCCCUGUGCCGGAAAAGGGAACUCCACCCAAAAAAUCUGGAUUUUUUUUGUGCCAUCUUACCUUCGGAAUAAUUGGCUUGACCUGUUUUUUCGUGUGUCAAAUCUAAGUCGUUCACCACCUCAUUUAAGUGAAUGGAGGUCUCCUAUGAAUUGGACAAUACUGUAUAAUGACGACAGAUCUGCCGGUCUCUCUGUAUUUCUGAAGGCACGAUAAGUAACUGGCGUAACUGACGGUUUGGAGUCUUUAUACUUUGAUCAGAACUGCAGCCCCGCUAAAUUUUCAGCUUUUUUCUGCUCUACGACGGGGACAGGCGAAGCCGUAUACCCGUUGUUUGGGGCGUGGCUCCGUACAUUAAAAAAUUUUUUUCCGACCUACAGUAUUAUUCCUGACGCAUUCGAAAAGAGACGGGUAAAUUCUUCUUAAGGUGAUGGCCGACGGUAAACGAUGAAUUUUGGCUGGAAUUCCCCUUUUGUGGAUUGAAUCCCGGUGUCCCCGGCUUGGCCCGAACCUGGGUCCGUAUCGCUGAAGUAUCUUGGAGCAGGAGCGCUGAUCUCCGAUCAGUUUGGCCUCUCGGCUCAUCGUGGCUGAGGUCGGGGUAUGACCGAGGGAGCCUGACUCUAGAUCAGCUCUCCUGCUAACUUGGUCUUAGAGCUUUGUGUUUUUUUUACCUGCUCGGUGCAGGUGUGUGGCCACCAAAGACUAUGCAUAUCUCCCACAAUGCAAUGGCGUUUUAAUAGCGACUUAGUUUUAAUUAAUUGUUACUUUUUAAAAUGGAAUCUAUGCGGUUUAUGUGUUGGUACAGCGGGUCUUUGUCGAAUACCACAGCGACCGAACGCAAUGAAGUGGCCGACGGGCCAGGCCCCGUGUUCACUAAGCACCUCAGACUAAGAGCACUGAUCUCGGAUCAGUUUUUAAAUUUAGCUCCGAAUGCACGAGGCUGUGAAACGGACGCAAGAAAUCCAAUCCCAGUUCAGCUCGUUCCCGGAGAGGCUUUAUGAAUGGGGGCUCUGGAGCGAGCCAGUUGCCGUGGUUACAGUCAGAAUUAUUUUUCAGCUUGGUUAGCCGCGACCUAGCAGCUAACCAUAGCAGCGCAGUGCUAACAUCUCACAGAGCCAAACGAUAAUUACCACUACAGUAACUCUAAUAACCGUAACGGCGCCAUUGGUCGCUAACAAAUUAUUCCCGGGGCGAAUUGCCGUUCGCCGAGGUUUCGCGGUCAAGCAGCCACGACGGUCAGCGUUGCGCUUCUCUCUCGCGUCGCAGUCGACCGCAAAUAGACCAUCUUGGUUGUUGCAAAAUGUUUUUUCUUUUUUUUUUCUUUUUUUUUUUUUCUUGUAAAUGUGAAUGUGGCGGGGACGCCGCGGGCUACGUCGCCAGCUACGUCGCUAACUGAGGCGUUACGCACACACGACCGGAACAGUGCCUCCUGUCAAUCCCACAGAUCUGAGAUGGAGGGAGCGGUUGGAGAAAGAGGAAUGUAUAGUGGGAGAAAAGAAUCUGGUGGGCCUCUUUAAAAAAAAAAAUAAAAUAAAAUAAGAAAAUGAAAACGAAA